AGGAAAAGGCGUGUGCCAGUUCCGUCGUCGGGCAGGAGGGAUAUGGCAGUAGCGGGCGUUACGAGAGUAUUUUCGCGGGGGAAGCAGAAAUGGGUUUCACCUCUCGCCCGUAGGACAGGCUUAGGCUUCCCUCAGUUGCUGGGUAAGUGCGGAGUGGGUGAGGCUAGUGGCCUGUCCUUCAGAUCCUGCUUCGCCCCGCUGACCGAAUAGAGGAAAAGGGAUCGAGGAGACGCCUCCACCUGCGCUAAUUUGUAAUUCAGAUCGGGAUUCGAUUGAUGCCAGAUUAGAACCUGAACGAAAAUGUUGUAAACAGAAAUCAUCACACAGUUUGCUUAAUCGGCCUGAUCAACCCAAACUAGCUUAUAAUAAGUUGAAAGGCAGAAAUCCAGGGGUUGUCUUCCUGCCUGGUAUUUUUUCAAAUAUGAAUGGUAUAAAGGCACUUGCAUUAGAAGAUUUCUGCAAAUCAGUUGGUCAUGCUUUUGUAAGGUUUGAUUACAGAGGCUGUGGGAGUUCAGAAGGCAGUGUAAAAGAGUGUACUUUAGGAAAGUGGCGGAAGGAUGUGCUUUCAGUACUGGAUGAACUCACAGAGGGACCACAGAUUUUAGUUGGUUCCAGUUUGGGUGGAUGGUUGAUGCUUCAUGCUGCAAUUGCCCGUCCAGAAAGAAUAGCUGCACUAGUUGGAAUAGCUGUAGGUGCAGACCAUAUUGUAUCAACUUUUCAACAACUUCCUGUAGAGGCAAAAAAAGAAAUAGAAGAAAAGGGUGAAUGGAAACUCCCAACCAAACACAGUGAAGAAGGAUUUUACACUGUGCCAUAUGAACUCAUUCAGGAAGCAGAAAAUCACUGUGUCUUGAGCAGUCCGCUACCUAUUAAGUGUCCUGUAAGACUUAUCCAUGGUUUAAAGGAUGAAGAUAUUCCAUGGCAGAUUUCUAUGAAACUUGCAGAGAAUAUUGUCAGUGGAGAUGUGGAUAUUAUUCUCCGCAAAUCUGGCCAACAUCGGAUGAAAGAGAAAGAUGAUAUCAAAGUUAUUGUAUAUACUGUGGAAGAUUUAAUUGAGCAGCUAAGUACUUAACGUGAAUUGUGUUGUAUCUAAAUUUACAUAUGGUUCUAGAAGAGAAAAAAAAUAAUUUCAAAAGGGUGACUGGUCAACUAGAACCUGGAGCUUUAAAAUUAUUUCUUUUUUUUUCUGUAAAUACAGUUAUUUCUUUAAUGCUGCAUUUGCACAAGUAAUAAAAUGUGAAGAAAUGCUACUGUUAAUCACAUUUUACCACAUCACUAUGUGGUAAUAAUCACUAUGCAAUAUGCAUUUCUAAUAUUUUGUACUCUGGUAUAUUAAUGUCAAUAAAUAAUAUGCUUUUUA